GGUCUCGAGCCGAGAGCAGUUAGCCGCCGCCAAUUAAUUCCCCGCCGCCGCCUCCAGCGCCUCCCCCUGCGCGGCUGCGCUCUCCUCGCCGUCGGUGGCCUCAUGGGUCGCACAGUCAAGAAGGCCGGCAAGUCCAAGUCGAAGAAGUCCAAGGGGCUUAAGAAAGCUGAGGCCUCGUCGUCUGCGAACCCCGCCGUGGCUUCUGGCCCGGCCAAGGUAUGGCAACCUGGUGUAGAUGCACUAGAGGAAGGGGAGGAGCUCCAGUUUGACCCCGAGGCUUACAACUAUCUCCGGGGAUUCAACAUCGGGUGGCCUUGCUUGAGCUUUGAUGUCGUGCAGGAUCAACUUGGGCUUGUCCGAUCGGAGUUCCCACACACAUUAUAUGGCGUUGCUGGAACUCAGGCUGAGAAGGCUUCAGGGAAUUAUGUUGGUGUUUUCAAGCUUUCCAACAUACAGGGGAAGAAGCGGGAACCUAUACCAUCUUCUACAAUUGAUGCUGACAGUGAUAUGGAUAGUGACAGCAGCAGUGAUGAAGAGGAAGAGGAAACUAAUGAAGAUACAAAGCCCAUUCUACAUCUGAAAAAGGUGGCUCAUGCGGGGUGUGUAAAUCGGAUACGCUCAAUGACUCAAGAACCACAUAUAUGUGCUACCUGGGGAGACACGGGCCAUGUUCAGGUGUGGGACUUCAAAUCCUUCCUUAAUUCAGUCGCAGACUCUGGACCGGUUGCACACAAAGAAGAUGACAUAAUCCAUAAUCAUGUACCCAUGAAAGUAUUUGGUGGCCAUAAAGAUGAAGGUUAUGCAAUUGAUUGGAGUCCACUUGUAACCGGAAAACUUGUUUCUGGUGAUUGUAAUAAGUGCAUUCACCUCUGGGAGCCAUCUGGAAGCACUUGGAACGUAGAUACAAAACCAUUUGUUGGACACUCAGCAAGCGUUGAGGAUCUACAGUGGAGUCCAACAGAAGCCGAAAUAUUUGCUUCUUGUUCAGUGGAUGGGACAAUAUGUGUUUGGGAUAUAAGGAAAGGGAAGAAACCGGUUAUUAAUGUUAAGGCUCACAGUGCUGAUGUGAAUGUUAUCUCAUGGAAUCGGCUUGCUAGCUGUAUGAUAGCUUCGGGAUGUGAUGAUGGCAGUUUCUCCAUUCGCGAUCUUAGAUUAAUCCAGGGUGAUGCAGUGGUAGCGCAUUUUGAGUACCACAAGCACCCGAUUACAUCUGUGGAAUGGAGUCCACAUGAAGCAUCAACACUGGCUGUAUCAUGUGCUGACCAUCAACUCACAAUUUGGGACCUUUCAUUGGAGAAAGAUGCAGAAGAGGAAGCUGAAUUCAGAGCAAAGAUGAAAGAGCAAGCAAACGCUCCUGAUGAUUUGCCCCCUCAACUUCUCUUUGUUCACCAGGGCCAGAAAGAUUUGAAAGAAUUGCACUGGCACCCACAGAUACCUGGGAUGAUCGUAUCGACGGCAGCUGACGGCUUCAACGUGUUGAUGCCUAGCAACAUAGAUACAACCAUAGCUGGGGCAGAGAAACCUACUUAGUGUAGUGCCACUUGGCUAAUUCCAGGCUCGCGAAAUCCAUGAAAUGAAUGUCCGACUAGGCUAAGAGUGAUACCCUUACAACAUUGUGUAUCUCAGAUUAUUUUUCUCUUUUUUUGUGGAGGCAACUUAUGUCCAGUUUUGCGCGAUGUAUUAUGGUUUGCUAUGAUCUUAAUCAGGCCAUCCUUUUUGUCAUCAUCAUUUAUGAUGAGAAGCAUGUUACCUCAACAGAAAGAACUUGUUCUUGCAUCAGAAGUGAUUGUUUCCUGAUAA